UGCCAUGCAGGUUAGUUUUAGGACUCCUGGUCCUGAAUAUGGCUUUGGCUUUUCCCUCAAGAAACACCAGACAAGCAGACCCAGACUACGAUGAGGACCAGGACAAGAUGGACGUCGAAUAUUAUGAUGAGCUGUCCACGGAUGAACCUGAGAUUGAGAUUAGCACUCUGUCCCCAGAUGAGGACUACAGCCCUGCACAUGUAGCCUCACUAGAGGAAGAGGAAGAGGAACCAGAAGAGGAACUGGAAAAUGAAAGGGAGGAUAAAAAUGAAUUACCUAUAACGCCUUCACUCAUCCCAUCAGGCUCUGGAGGGGUUUCGAUGGGACCAGACACUUCAGGAGGUCUGUAUUACCCCAACCAACCCAAGGAAGAGCCGCGUCGGAUGCCCAGUGAAAUCCUUCAUAUCUCUGGAGACAUUUUGGGUUCUGGGCACAUGCUAAGUUCUGGGAGUUUUGAGGCUUCGGCAGAUUCAGGGAUUUCUGGAAAAAUUCCUGAUGCUGGAGAAUACCAUUCUGGGGAGCCUAUGGCUUCUAGAGGUUCUGGAGGUUCUGGGGGCUUUAUUUCUGGAGGGUUUGCAGAUGUAAGUUCUGGAUAUAUUAGUUCUGAAAGCUUUGCUUCAGGAAACUUUGAAGACCUUGUUUCGGGAACAGAUUCAGACUUUGUUUCAGGAGUAACUAGUGGCUUUGUUUCUGAAAACAAUGUUUCUGUGGACUCUGGAGACUUUGUUUCUGGAGAGUCUGGAGACAUAGUUUCCGGAACAUCUGGAGGCUUUGUUUCCGGAGUGCCUGAAGACAUAGUUUCCGGAACAUCUGGAGACUUCGUGUCCGGAGAGUCUGGAAACAUAGUUUCUUUAGUACCUGUAGACCUUGUUUCCACGGAAUCUGGAGGCUUUGUUUCUGGAGAAUCUGGAGGCUUUGUUUCUGGAGAAUCUGGAGGCUUUGUUUCUGGAGAAUCUGGAGGCUUUGUUUCCGGAGAAUCUGGAGGCUUUGUUUCUGGAGAAUCUGGAGGCUUUGUUUCCGGAGAAUCUGGAGGCUUUGUUUCUGGAGUCUCUGAUGUUCUUGUCUCUGGAGACAAUAAAGAAUUUGUUUCAGGAGUCUCUGGGCACUCUGGAAACUCUCUAGAAGUUAUUUCUGGAUAUUCUGGGGAACAUUCUGGAGUUUCUGGGGACUCAGGCUCUGGACCCCCUGUGGUAACAUUGGUUCCUGGUGGAGAGGAGGAGAUCCACAUUACAGUUACCAGUCAACCUGAAGAAUUCUCUGGAAUCCCUGAGGAAACGGGGCCUCCUGAGGAAUCUGGGUUUUUUGAACGGGUAACAAUCACCCCUACUCUAAAGGAAGAGGAGGAGCUGUUUUCCACCACCCAGACCCCACCCCAGGAGGUGACUGGGAGUGCAACAGGUUCAGGGCAACCUGAGAGCCCUGAUCCUGAUGUUGAGGUCAUUGAAAUUGAUACAAAAGGUAUGUCCACCUGUCUACUGUGUAUCUGCCUGGGAGGAUCUGUGUACUGUGAUGAUGUGAAGCUGGUGAACGUUCCUCCUCUUCCCAAAGAUACCACUCACUUCUACGCACGCUACAACAAGAUCACUAAGAUCAACAAAUCAGACUUCGCAAACCUGAACAAACUUAAGAGGAUCGAUCUUACAAGUAACACCAUCUGGAAGAUCGAAGACGGUGCUCUCUACGGCCUGCCCGCUUUGGAGGAGCUGGUAAUACGAGAAAACAGUUUGGCUCAACUCCCAGCGCUGCCAGCCUCCAUGACCCUUGUAGAUGCUAGUCACAACCAUCUGGGCAGAACCAGCAUCCAGAACGAAGCCUUCAAGGACAUGACAGGUCUACUUUACCUCUACCUGACAGACAACAAGAUCGACCACGUCCCCGUCCCUUUGCCUGAGACUCUGCGCUCUCUGCACCUACAGAACAACAACAUCCAGAUGAUACACGAAGACACGUUCUGCAAACAGAAGGACAUGCACUACCGCCGAAAUGGGCUGGAGGACAUUCGCCUGGACGGCAACCCGGUCAUCCUCAGCAGAACUCCACAGGCUUAUGUGUGUUUGCCUCGUAUUCCUAUUGGAGCCCUUGUUUAAACUUAAACAAUCAAACCCUC